AGAACUCGUACGGCUGCGGUGCCUGCUGCAUGGCCCCGGCGGCAGCGCCUCUGCAUCGGGGGCGGUCCGCGGGCCGAGCCGGGCCGGGCCGGUGGCCUGACAGGCAGGGCGCGGGCCGCCUUGCCUCGCCGGCCGCCGCCGCCUCCCGCCCGGGCCGCGGCUACGGCCGAGGCGGCUCGGAGGCGGCGCCGGCGGGCGAGCGGUGGCUCCGGGGCAGCUUCUUCGGCCGCGACGGCCUCGCGCGGAGUCCGCAGAGGAAGCGCAGCUGCCCGGGAGCCCAGGCGACCCCGGGCUGCGACCGAGGCGGUGGCCUUCUUUCCCCGGGGCGCUGGCCCGCUCCUCGGGAGGCUCCUCCUCCUUUGUCUGGGUUCGCAGCCCAGCAGGGGUACAGCUGGCCUCGCCCCUGCUCUGACUCCCGCUACAGCCGCGACCGGCGGAGAGCAGCGGCGGCGGCUGCGGCUGGUCUUCUCAUCGCCUCAUCCCCGCCCUCCCAACUUGCAACGUUGCCCGGCCCACCCGAGUCGCCUCCAAAGGCCCUGGGGACAGACCCGGCGUGCGCGUCGGGCGAGCGAGCCACCGCCGCCGCCCCUUCAGCCGCGCACUGCGCCGCGGGGCGGCCGCCGAGCUCCGGGUUCCAGCAGUCGCGGCUCGGCCCGCCCCCUCGGCCCGGCGCUCAGUAUCCCAGGUCGCUCGAGCAGCCUGGCGCGGAGCAUGCGCGCCGAGGAGCCGGCAGAGGCGCCAGCCCGGCGCUGGGGUGCAGAGGCGCGCGGGCCAGCACCGCGACUCUGCCUUUCCCGAGCACUUGCUGUUCUCCCGAGGACUGCCUGUUCCAGACAGACACUCCCUCCUCUUGACCUUCCCAAACAGUCCCGACUCUGGGUGACUGAGCGUCUCGAGCCCCAGGACUGCAGUAGUGGGAAACAGUAUAGGGGUGUGGAAAGGGAUAGACAACAUUGUAACGUAUUUG